UCGCUCCAUCUUCUCCAACUCGAAGAACAAAAGCCCUAAAAAUGCGAUGAAUCAAACAUUGCCAAAAUCUUAGUUUUUCUUCGAAGAUUUGUGCGUGUAAUUGAUAUCUUUCAUUGUCAAGAUCUCGAGCUUUUCAUCUAUGGCGAAAGUCAUCAAGCCCUCUUCGCGCUACUGUUCCUACGAUGUGCGAUCUUCUACUUCCUCCCAUUUCUCCGAUCCUUCUUCUUCCUCUGAGUUCAAGCUCAAGUCUCCAAUGGCUGCGAAAUCAUCGUCUUCGCGCGCUCUUGUUCAAAUCAAGGCGUCUGAUUUGGCUAGGACUAAGGCGAAGCCGUCGGAUCAGAACUUGACGGCGAUGGUGAAGAAAUUCAUGGAGAAGCGGUCUGGUUCGAAACCGAAGGCGGUGAAGCAGGCGGUGGGGUUGGUGAUUCCGUCGGAUUUAAUUGCGGAGGAUUUGAAAAAGACGGCGAGGAAGGGGACGAACUUUGGAGGGCUGCAUAAGAAGCUGUUUGGGAAGGGAUCGGUGGAGAAGAAGGAGAAGGAGGUGAAGGCGUUGACGGAGGUUAGAGGGAAUACGAGGACAUUGGCGAUGGUGCUGAGGAGUGAAAGAGAGCUUUUGGGUUUGAACAAGGAGCAGGAGUUGGAGAUCACUGAGCUCAAAUUAGUUCUGGAGGAGAAGUACAGAGAGAUUGAGAAGUUGAAAGAUUUAUGUUUGAAGCAAAGAGAAGAAAUAAAGUCAUUGAAGAAUGCAAUAUUGUUCCCAGAUGUUAUGAACUCGCAGCUUCAAGAUAUUCUUGAAAAGCAGGGUUCAGAGUUGAAGCAAACCAAACACAUCAUCCCCACUCUACAAAAGCAGGUCACCACUCUCACUGGCCAACUUCAUUCCCUCGCCGAGGACCUAGCCGAGGUAAAGGCUGAUAAAUAUUCAGGAAAGUCUUGGUUACAAGGUAGUAGUUCUCCUCACACACCUACAUAUGAUCAUCACGAGGAUGCUUCUAACUCAUUGGAGUUCAGUGACUGUGAUCCAACGUCCCCAGGCAGUCCGGAUGACUUUUUGUUGAAGGAUGUGAAUCCCUGUCUAACACCCUAUUAUGCAACUAAAUCCAAGGAGUUUGAGGCAAUGGGAUACGAAAUUUCAUCCCAUAACAGAAUCGAAUCAGGUUUUGAAUCUUGUUCCAGGAAGUUGUCCAAAAGUUCUGAUUGCAGACAGAAUUCCAACAAAGCAAACGUUACGAAAACAGCCCGGAGAUCCGACGAGGCUAAAUAUACGUAUGGAAAGACAAUGCAUAAAUUUUACUGAACCUCAUUUCUUCCACCCAGGUUCGCAUUCUUCAUCCUUCUACAUACCUUUUUGUACUUUGUCACCUACUGUCACCGUAUGAACCAUUUUAUAUUGGAUCUGAUCCAACAACUGGAGCUAUAUAUGCCAGGCGUUCUUCUUUGUUUUAUUAUUGCUUGGGUGAAGAAUAGUCCAUUAUUUUGAGCUUUAGGGCGUGUAAUACCAUCGUGUGCAUGCUAUACUUGUAAUGCUCAUCAAUAAUAGUAAAUGGUCCUAUUUCUUUGAGAAUUGUUGCUGUUAU